UAUAACCACUCUUCCUUCAUCACAUCGAGGUAGAUAAUUCUAGGUUGAUAGCAAUAGAGCUGACGACUAAUACAGCGUUAUUAGGAUAGCAUUUUUUGUUGAAAAUCUACUUGAACGCAGCUAGAGAUGUCAGGAAACAAGAAAACGACUCGCAAAUCUGAGCCAUUCGUCGCUGGAGAUGUCAACCAAAAGUACAACGAAGGUGACAUCGUCUUAGGCAAAAUCAAGGGAUACCCAGCUUGGCCAGGAAAGAUCAUGAACUCUGAGGCUGUUCCCCCAUUAGUUAAGAAGGACAAGCCAAAGAACAAGAAGAACGUUUACGCCGUUCGCUUCUACCCUACCGGAGAGUACAUGUGGGCUAAUACGAAAGAAAUGAGUGCUCUCACAAAGCAAGAAAUCGAGAAUUACUUGAACGAUACAUCAAAGAAGCGUGAAGGUGACCUCCGUAAGGGCUACCAAGUCGCGCUCAACCCAGAUGAAUGGGAGGAAGAGCAUGACAGACGUCUGGCAGAUGCCCAAGCUCAGGCUGACGAUGACGAACUUGAGGAUGAGGAGACAGGCAGCAAACGUCGCCGUAAAGCACCAGCGAAGGGCACAACUAAGAAGGCCAAGACGGACGCAUCCCAAAAGAAGUCAAAGUCUAACAAGGCCGACGCCAGCGAUGCUGAAGAGACAGAAGAAGCAAAGGUUAGAUCCUGGAGACAUGAGUUACAACGCAUUUUCUUGAGUCCAGAGCCAGCCAAGGCAGAUGCUAUGCCAAAAGCAGACGCGCAAAUCAAAGUCAUUGAAGCUGACGAUGACGUUUCUGCUGAAUCGAUCACCUUAUCAAAGGUUAACAAGGUUUUGAAGCGCAUUAUUGGCCUUGAAACCAUCCCAGAGGAUGAGAAAUAUAAAAUUCGCGAGCGUUCUCAAGCACUUUAUGAUAGAUUUGAGAAAAUUCUUGCAGAAGCAAGUGAAAAAGAUGGCGAAAAGAAGACAAACGGUGAAGAGAAGAAGGAAAAUGGAGAGAAGAAACCUGAAGAGGAACAAAAGGAUGAUGCUGAAGUAGCCCAAGCUACUGAAGAUACUGAAAAGAAGGAUCAGACACUUGAGAAGACUGAAGGUGACAAAAAGGAGGAAUCAGACGAGAAGUCAGGAGAAGGAGAGAAGAAAGAUGAGGAGAAGAACGAGGAGAAGAAGGACGUUGAAAUGAAGGAAGACGGAAAGCCAGAAGCGCCAGAAGAGCCAAAAGAGCCACAAGAAGCUGAGCAAUCAGCUGUGGAAGCGCCAAAGUCUGGCGAGGAGAGUGCUGAAAAGCCAGAAGAAAAAAGCAGUGCAGACUAAGAAGCGAACUAUUCGGUAAUAAGAAGAACUAAGUUUAUAAUGCCUAAAUGAAUUUUAUUUAAUG